CAAUGAUUUUGAAUAUGUGCACAACAGAUUGCAUACGUGCCUAAAAAGGACAGUUUGUUGAACUACCUCUAAAUACUAUGCAUAUUAUGAGAUAGAUGGUAUCAUUUCACAUAUUUGCUCAAGGGGUUUUAUUGUCACAGUGAAUGAGUCAUACUGAAAUUAAAUCCUACCUAAAUAUGCGUCAAUUACUCUACCAAUAAACGUCAAAAGCACAAAGUGCUAUUUGACAAACUUUACUUAAGGUGGUGUUUGAAUUCAACUAGUGGGAGAAAGCCACUCUACUUAAGAAAAUCUCUAACCAUUUGAGUUCUGUCAAAUGGUAAACACCAAGGGAGAGACCAGAAGGAUAAUUAUCCUUAACUGGUGUUCUAGUCACAUGUUGUCUAUCUUCAUCUUAUACUCAUUCUUUUUCACUUUUAGUUUCAAGCAUUGCUCAGCAACAGAUACUAUAAGUAUAACCAUUAACAACUUCUUGCAAGAUGGGGGAGGGGAUACUCUAGUUUCAAAAGGUGAAAAUUUUGAGCUAGGAUUUUUCACUCCUAAUGGAAGCUCUAGUGGGAAAAGAUAUUUGGGAAUAUGGUACUACAAGUUGACUCCACUAACAGUUGUGUGGGUUGCUAACCGAGACAAACCACUUCUAGAUUCUUGUGGUGCUUUUGGCAUAGCAGAAGAUGGAAAUCUAAAGGUUUUAGACAAAAGUGGGAAAUUCUACUGGGGCACAAACCUUGAAGGAUCACAUUCACAACACAGAAUAGUUAUGCUAAUGGACAAUGGGAACCUUGUUGUUAGUGAUGAAGUUGAAGACCAAGGAAACCAUCAAGUGAAGAUUUUGUGGCAGAGUUUUGCUAAUCCAACAGACACAUUUCUCCCAGGCAUGAAAAUGGAUGACAAUUUAGCAUUAACUUCAUGGAGAAGUUAUGAAGAUCCUGCACCAGGGAACUUCUCUUUUGAGCAUGAUCAAGGGGAGAACCAGUAUAUAAUAUGGAAAAGGUCCAUAAGGUAUUGGAAAAGCAGCGUUUCAGGUAAGUUUGUUGGAGCUGGUGAGAUUUCUACAGCAAUAUCUUACUUUUUGUCUAAUUUCACCUUGAAAGUGUCCCCAAACAACACUGUUCCCUUCCUCACUUCAGCACUUUAUACUGACACAAGGUUGGUCAUGACUCACUGGGGUCAACUCAAGUACAUGAAGAUGGAUUCGGAGAAAAUGUGGUUGUUGGUUUGGGGUGAGCCAAGAGAUAGAUGCAGUGUGUUCAAUGCCUGUGGAAACUUUGGAAGCUGCAAUAGCAAGUAUGAUUCCAUGUGCAAGUGCUUGCCAGGGUUCAAGCCUAAUUCCAUUGAGAGUUGGAAUGCCGGAGACUUUUCGGGUGGAUGCAGCAGGAAAACAAAUGUGUGCAGUGGGGAUGCCAAGGGUGACACAUUUUUGAGCUUGAAAAUGAUGAAAGUAGGGAACCCUGAUGCUCAAUUUAAUGCCAAGGAUGAAGAGGAAUGCAUGUCAGAGUGCCUCAACAAUUGCCAGUGUUAUGCUUAUUCCUAUGAAGACACUGAAAAGGGAAGGUUGGGUGAUAGUGGGGAUGUAGUUUGCUGGAUUUGGUCUGAGGACUUGAACAAUCUUGAAGAAGAGUAUGAGGAUGGGUGUGACCUGCAUGUUCGUGUCGCAGUUUCUGAUAUAGAAUCCACUGGGAGAAAUUGUGGGACCUGUGGUACAAACUUCAUUCCAUAUCCCCUUAGCACAGGACCAAGUUGUGGUGAUCCCAUGUACUUCAGUUUUCACUGCAAUAUCUCCACUGGUGAGCUUGACUUUGAGACUCCUGGGGGCACAUAUCAAGUGAUAAGCAUAAACCCAGAAGCACAAAAAUUCUUGAUCCACAGAAAGAAUGUACUUAACUGUGAUCAAAGUUCAAGGGAUAAGUUUCUGCCUCUCAACAAGUCGUUUCCGUUUCAUCUUACCAGUAAUUGCUAUGCUGAUCCAAGCAUUUUUAGUUCUAAUGCUCCCAUGAAACAUGGAGUAGAAAUAGAAUUGAGUUGGGAGCAACCAUUAGAGCCUAUUUGCUCUUCAUUGUUGGACUGCAAGGAGUGGCCAAAUUCAACUUGCAACACUUCCAGUGAUGGCAAGAAGAGGUGCCUUUGCAACACAAACUUUCUUUGGGAUGGAUUGAAGUUAAAUUGUACUCUAGAAGGAAAUCAUAGCUAUCAACCAGAAAGGCAACUGUCCUUACCUAAGAUCAUUGUAAUUACUUUAACAACUGUGAUUGGCUUGAUUCUUCUCUCAACUACUAGCACAUGUGUUUACUUGAGGAAAAGGAGACAGGCCAAACCACAAGAUAGCAGGGGAUAUGUUCAGAAAAACUCAGGGAUUAACUUGUAUGACAGUGAGAGAUAUGUAAGAGACUUGAUUGAAUCCAGUAGGUUCAAAGAAGAUGAUGCACAGGCCAUAGAUAUUCCAUAUUUCCAUUUGGAAAGCAUACUUGAUGCUACUAAUAACUUUGCAAAUACAAACAAGCUUGGACAAGGAGGGUUUGGUCCUGUCUACAAGGGAAAGUUCCCUGGAGGGCAAGAAAUAGCAGUGAAGAGACUUUCAAGUUGUUCUGGACAAGGUUUAGAGGAGUUUAAAAAUGAGGUUGUGUUGAUUGCCAAGCUUCAACAUAGAAACCUAGUUAGACUUUUGGGUUACUGUGUGGAAGGAGAUGAAAAGAUGCUAGUAUAUGAAUAUAUGCCAAAUAGAAGCUUGGAUGCUUUCAUUUUUGACCGGAAGCUGUGUGUUCUAUUAGACUGGGAUGUGCGCUUCAAGAUUAUUUUGGGGAUUGCUCGAGGGCUCCUUUAUCUACAUGAAGAUUCUAGGUUGAGGAUUAUUCAUAGGGACUUGAAAACAAGCAACAUUCUACUAGAUGAAGAGAAGAAUCCUAAAAUCUCAGACUUUGGCUUAGCCAGGAUAUUUGGAGGAAAAGAGACAGUAGCCAACACAGAAAGAGUGGUUGGAACUUAUGGGUAUAUGUCUCCAGAAUAUGCACUUGAUGGACAUUUUUCAGUCAAGUCUGAUGUCUUUAGCUUUGGUGUUGUUGUACUUGAGAUUAUUAGUGGAAAAAGGAACACAGGAUUUUAUCAAGCAGAUCAUGAAUUGAGUCUUCUAGGAUAUGCAUGGCUUUUGUGGAAAGAAGGAAAGGCGUUGGAGUUCAUGGACCAGACACUAUGUCAAACAUGCAAUGCAGAUGAAUGCUUGAAAUGUGUGAUUGUGGGGCUCUUGUGCUUACAAGAAGAUCCAAAUGAACGCCCCACAAUGUCAAAUGUAGUUUUCAUGCUUGGUAGUGAAUUCAACACUCUUCCAAGUCCUAAGGAACCAGCCUUUGUUAUCAGGAGAUGCCCUUCGAGUAGAGCAUCUACUUCAAGUAAAUUAGAAACCUUUUCACGUAAUGAAUUGACAGUCACUAUAGAACAUGGCAGGUAGAAAAUUCUGAUUUGCAAGGUUUCCAAAAUAGUGCUUAAUUUAAGGAAAGAAUAUUUGGUCUCGGUUUUAUCCUUGGUCAAAAUAUAUAUGUGGGACAUGUAAUUUCUUUAUUUUUGCUUGUCACUUUCUCAUUAUGCAUUCCUCCAAGUGGGGUAACUUGAAAUGGUCAAUUAGGCAACUUCUGGUGAAUUUCAUAUUUGGAUGGAUUAGAUCAAUUUCUAUCCACCAUAGUGUCACAAGGGCAAAUGCCUGGGUGGAAUUGAUAAAAGGUCUAAACAAAAUUGUUUUGUAUUUUGACUUA